AUGGCCGGACCAAAGGCCGAGGUUCGUGACUGGCCAAUUGAACUUGCCUUUAAGAGUACGAGGGCGAAUCACGGUUACCUGAGAGAAUAUCAUGGUGGGUCAGGAACGGGAGUCGGCUGGUUUGCAGGCUUCACCCCUUUCCAAGACGCUGCUCCGGUUACCUCGUGCCUCGGUAGUGCACGUCUCGCCCAGAAGAGAAAGCCCGUAGCAAAGCGGAAUGCACCGCAAAUUCCUAACAGAGAUACCAAGCUCGACCUCAACAGCAAGUACAUUUCCCAUCGUAACCACACCUCCGUAUCUCCUUAG